GGCCCCUUCUUCAGGCAUCCCAGGCUUACCUCUUCAGGAAGCGCGAUAGAGUGUCCACCCCAGAGGUCAGGUUUCCCUAUGUGUUCGAUAGCCAUGGCAAGGCUAAGGAGUCUGCGGGCUUCAUUGCGGGGCUUAAGAUGGUGCUUCCUGAGGGCUUCACCCGCAACUCAGACAGCACCAUGGAGGAGGUGUGCAUCCCUACUUCUGACCCUGCCCCGCCAGAGGUCGGCUCCGACUUUGUGCCCAUCUCCAGCAUGGACGAGAUCGGCCAGACAGUCUUCCGGCACUGCAAGACCCUGAACCGCAUCCAGACAGUGGUGCACCCGGUGGCCUACCACACCAACCACAACCUGCUGAUCUGUGCCCCCACUGGUGCUGGCAAGACCAACAUUGCCCUGCUGACCGUGGUUCACCAGAUCCGCAAGCACAUGGAGCAGGGCGUCAUACAGACUGACAAGUUUAAGAUUGUCUAUAUAGCUCCAAUGAAGGCCUUAGCUGCGGAAAUGGCAAGGAACUUCUCCAAACGUCUCGAACCUCUGGGCCUGAAGGUUAGAGAACUGACGGGGGACAUGCACCUCACCAAGCCUGAGAUUAUGGCCACUCACAUGAUCAUCACCACGCCGGAGAAAUGGGACGUCACCACCCGCAAGCCUGGUGACACACAGCUGGCCCAGUUGGUGAAGCUGCUGAUCAUUGAUGAGGUCCACCUGCUGCAUGGUGACCGUGGACCUGUGCUGGAGACCCUGGUGGCGAGGACUCUGAGGAUGGUGGAGUCUCAGCAGUCUAUGAUAAGGAUUGUGGGUCUGUCUGCCACCCUGCCGAACUAUAUCGAUGUGGCCACUUUCUUGCGCGUCAAUCCUUAUGAGGGGCUCUUCUAUUUUGAUGGCCGGUUCCGCCCUGUGCCACUGGGCCUGACCUUUGUGGGAGUGAAGGCCAUGGGAAGGUUCAAGCAGAUGGAAGAGAUGGAUCGGAUUACCUUUGAGAAAUGCCUCCACUUCCUACAGCAGGGCCACCAGGUGAUGGUGUUUGUGCAUGCGCGGAACGGGACGCUGCGCACGGCUGAGAACCUGAUCAAGCUGGCUCAGGAGCAUGGCAAGACACAGGAUUUCAUGCCAGAGCCAGGCCCAGACGUUGCCAGGGCCAGGAAAGACUUUGGCCGCUCAAGGAAUAAGAGACUGGUGGAGCUGUUUGACUCUGGCUUUGGCGUGCACCAUGCUGGCCUGCUUCGCUCUGAUAGGAACUUGGUGGAGCAAUUCUUCAGCCAGGGCUUCAUCAAGGUGCUGGUGUGUACUGCCACGCUGGCCUGGGGUGUCAACCUGCCUGCACACGCUGUCAUCAUCAAGGGCACUGAAAUCUACGACUCCAAACACGGCACAAUGGUGGACCUGGGAAUCCUGGAUGUGCUGCAGAUAUUUGGCCGUGCUGGGCGACCUCAGUUUGACAAGAGUGGCCACGGGACAAUCAUAACCGGUCAUGACAAGCUGGCCCACUACCUGUCCCUCCUCACCAACCAGUACCCCAUCGAGAGCUCCUUCAUCAACCACCUGGCGGAUAAUUUGAAUGCUGAGGUUGCUCUGGGCACUGUUACCAAUGUGGAGGAGGCUGUGGAGUGGAUGAGCUACACCUACCUGUUUGUACGGAUGCGGAAGAACCCUCAGGUGUACGGUCUGCAAAUCAAGGACGCACAGCAGGACCCUUCCCUCGAGGUGUACCGCAAGAUGCUGCUCACCACCGCCUCCCGUGCCCUGGACAAGGCAAGGAUGGUGCGCUUUGACGAGGCCACCGGCUACCUGCACAUCACUGACAUGGGUCGAGUUGCCUCCCAGUUCUACAUCAAGUACGACACAAUAGAGGUGUUUAAUGAGUUCCUGAAAACAGCCAUGAAUGAGGCAGACAUCCUGGCUCUUGUGUCCCAAAGCUCAGAGUUUAUGCAGCUGAAGGUGCGUGAUGAGGAGAUGAACGAGCUGGACGACCUGCACCACCAGUGUGAGGUGGCGGCGGCGGGCGGCGCAGAGAAUGUGCAUGGCAAAGUGAACAUUCUCCUGCAGACACACAUCUCCAGGAUCCGAGUCGAGGGCUUCUCUCUUGUGUCCGAUAUCAACUAUGUCACUGAGAACUCAGUCCGCAUCACCCGCGCACUGUUUGAGAUCGUGCUGCACCGAGGCUGGCCUCUGAUGGCUGGGCGCCUGCUCACCAUGGCCAAGAUGCUGGAGCUGCAGAUGUGGCACUUUGAGUCUCCCAUGCGCCAAUUCCACCGCCUCACGCAGGAGAUUGUGGACAAGAUAGAGGACCGCAGGCUGACCAUUGAAAAGAUUAGGGACAUGGACUACAAGGAGAUUGGCAAGAUGCUGCGGCACGAGAGGAUGGGGCACGAGGUGAAGGCAGCAGCGUGGCAGUUUCCUCUCCUCUCCCUGGAAGCCGUCACACAGCCCAUCACUCGCACUGUUCUCAGGGUCAGACUCACCAUUCGCCCAGAGUUUACGUGGAAUGACAAGGUGCAUGGUGGACAGGAGAACUACUGGAUAUGGGUGGAGGAUCCAGAUACCAACUUCAUGUACCACCACGAACAGUUUACGGUCACCAAGAAGCAGGUAACUCGCCAGGAGGAUGCACAGCUGGUGUUUACAAUCCCAAUCUUUGAGCCAAUGCCCAAUCAGUACUACAUCCGGGCCAUCAGUGACAGGUGGCUUAACUGUGAGUCCACCUGUGCCAUCAGCUUCCGAAACCUAAUUCUGCCUGAACGACACCCCCCGCACACAGACCUGCUUGACCUGGACCCACUACCUGUCACAGCACUGAACAACUCCCGGCUAGAGAUGCUGUACCCAUUCUCCCAUUUCAACCCCAUCCAAACCCAGAUUUUCUACACACUGUACCACACGGACCACAACGUCCUCCUAGGGGCCCCCACAGGUUCCGGCAAGACCAUUGCGGCUGAGAUAGCAAUGUUCAGGGUGUUUCAAAAGUACCCUGAUGCCAAGGUGGUGUACAUUGCCCCCCUCAAGGCACUGGUGAGGGAGCGGGUGGAGGACUGGAGGGUCAGACUGCAAGAGAAACUUGGCUUUAAGGUGGUGGAGCUGACUGGAGAUGUAUCACCUGAUAUUAGGGCCAUCCAGGCUGCCCAUGUCAUCGUCACCACGCCGGAGAAGUGGGACGGCAUCUCUCGGUCAUGGCAGACGCGUGAUUAUGUGAGGAAGGUGGCGCUGAUUGUCAUUGAUGAGAUACACUUGCUGGGUGAGGACCGAGGGCCAGUACUGGAGGUCAUCGUGUCAAGAACUAACUUCAUCUCGAGCCACACCGGCCAGACCCUGCGCAUCAUUGGCCUGUCCACCGCCCUGGCUAAUGCCAAGGACCUGGCCAACUGGCUGGGCAUUGGCGAGGUGGGUCUGUACAACUUCCGGCCCUCUGUCCGCCCCGUACCACUUGAGGUACACAUCGCAGGCUUCCCUGGCAAGCACUACUGCCCCAGGAUGGCCACCAUGAACAAGCCCACGUUCCAGGCCAUCAAGCAGCACUCGCCGGACAAGCCAGUGCUGGUGUUUGUGUCAUCGCGCAGACAGACGCGCCUCACUGCCAUGGACCUGAUGGGCUUUGUAGUGGUGGAGGCAGACCCCAAGCAGUGGCUCAAGCUGCCGGAGUAUGAGAUGGAGCAGAUUCUGAGCAACAUAAAGGAUGAGAAUCUGCGCCUGUGUCUGUCCUUUGGGGUCGGGCUGCACCACGCCGGCCUGGUGGAGAAGGACAGGCGAGUGGUGGAGGAGCUCUUUGUCAACCAGAAGAUACAGAUCCUGAUCACCACUGCCACACUGGCCUGGGGUGUCAACUUCCCAGCACACUUGGUGGUGGUGAAGGGGACGGAGUAUUAUGACGGCAAGACUCGGAGAUAUGUUGACUUCCCCAUCACAGACGUGCUGCAGAUGAUGGGGCGGGCAGGGCGGCCUCAGUUCGACAACCAGGGUGUGGCGGUCAUCUUGGUGCAUGACCAGAAAAAACACUUCUAUAAAAAGUUCCUGUAUGAGCCGUUCCCUGUGGAGUCCAGCCUGCAGGGAGUGUUGCCAGACCACCUGAACGCCGAGAUUGUGGCGGGCACCAUCACCACCAAGCAGGAGGCCCUCGACUAUCUCACCUGGACCUACUUCUUCAGGAGGUUGCUGCAGAAUCCCUCUUACUAUAGCCUGGAGCUGGAGGAGGAGGAGAGGCCAGACCAGGCUAUCAAUGCAUUCCUCUCAGCCUCGGUGGACCGAGCCAUCGCAGCUCUGGAGGAGGCCAGCUGUGUGGAGAUUGGGGAGGACGGCCGCUCCAUAGAGGCCACACCGCUGGGCCGCAUCUCCUCCUUCUAUUACAUCUCACACCAGACCAUUGAGAUUUUCCAUGAGAAGCUGCAGGCAAACCUUUCCAUCGAGGACCUUAUGCAGCUGCUGACUGAGGCCAACGAGUACGCAGAGCUGCCGGUGCGUCACAACGAGGACAUCCAGAACAGUGAGCUGGCCAAGUCAUGCCCCUUGGAGGUGAACCAGUACACCUUCGACUCCUCCCACACCAAGGCCUUCCUCCUCCUGCAGGCGCACCUCUCCCGCCUCCCCCUCCCCUGCGUCGACUACCUCACUGACACCAAGUCCGUCCUCGAUCAAGCUAUUAGGAUUUUGCAGGCCAUGCUAGACAUCUGUGGGUGCGCUGGGUGGCUGGCAGCAGCUCUCCGAGUGCAGGUCAUCAUGCAGAUGGUGACGCAGGCCAGGUGGCACACUGACACACCAUUCCUCACUCUGCCUCACAUCACGCACGACUCUCUGGACGCCUUCAGAAACUUCCCCACCCUGCCACAACUGAUGGAGGCAGUGAGGGGGGACAAGUACGAGGUGGUGGCAGCUCCCCUGAGGGAGUACCUGGAGGAGGGGCAGGUGCAGGCCACUUACCGCACCCUGCAGCACCUCCCUCGCAUGGCUGUCAGUGCUUGUGUGCGCGGACGUAAUGGGGAGGUGCUGUCCAGUGCUAAUGUGUGCUCUGGAGGAGGAAGGGGAGGAGUGGAGACUGGUGGAACAGAGGUGGAGGCGGGGCAGGAGUACACCCUGGCAGUCACCCUGGCACGGCUCAACAGGGCUCAAGAUCUGCGAGUCCAUGCCCACAAGUUCCCAAAGCCCAAGGAUGAGGGUUGGUUCCUGGUGCUGGGUGAAGUGGAGGGUGGUGAGCUGGUGGCCCUGCGUCGUGUCCCUGCUGUGCGAGGCCGCACCACUCACCUCCUCUCCUUCAGGACUCCAGCAAACCCAGGCCCUGCAGUGCUGACCCUCUACCUGAUGUCCGAUGGUUACCUUGGCCUUGACCAGCAGUACGACAUUCCCUUCAGGGUCAUACCAGCCACGCAGCAGGAGGAGGAGGAUGAGUGGCAGGAGGAGGAGGAGGAAGAGCUGGACCACGGGAUUAAUGAUGGGUCUAGCAAGAAAUGGUUACCCCCGGCACCAGAUAUGCUCCCAGUGAUGAAGUCUUGCUUUACUGACAAAAAGGAGGACAAAAAGAGAGAAGAGGAGCAGCAGGAAGAGGAGGAGGAGGAGGAAAGUGAGAGUCACACAGAAUCCACCAUCCCACAGCCUUCGCGGCAUUUUGGGGGCCGGGAACAGAGGCCGAGGGGGGGACGGCGAAGGAAUUACUGAUAGGGUGAUGGGAAAGUGAGGAUGACGAGGGAGUGAUGUAUAAUCCAUGCAUUCAAAUCCAAUAACUUUUUGUUAUGUUGUAGUUGAGUAAUCUAUCAAGCAUUCCUGAGUAGUUUUGUUGAUUGUUUUUGCCAUUGGGUCUUAAUUUUGCAAGCACAAAAGAUGGACCACAUUCAAGCUCCAGUUACUGUCAUCUCGUACUUCAUUUAUCCUUAACUAUUAGUAAUGUGUGAUAUUUGGGUACAGAUGACAGUUCACUGGGACGUCUCCCUCAAAUCCAGUGUAAAUGUUGCAAAUAUAAUGAAAGUGUAUUAUUUAUUAUCUGGGGACAAUAUUUUGGUACUUGAUGUCAUGUAUGAGUGGGUUAUAUUGAGGUGUUGCUAUUAUAUAUAGUUUGCCUCCAUGAUGUUUAAGCCUUGUUUUAGUGGUCAGGAUGGCAGGUAAGCAGCAUGAAACACACACACACACACACACACACACACACACACACACACACACACACACACACACACACACACACACACACACACACACACUCACACACAC